UCCAUGAAAGAGAAGCGUUUAAAAUUCAACAGCUUAUAGGGGAGAGAUACAAAUCACAUGGAAGAAGAGCUGCCUCCACCGUUACGCCCUCCCCCACUUUUCUUUUAGCCUUAUUUCCUCUCUCUUUAAAGACUUUGCAGCUUCUUCAACACCAUUCACUUUUCCAUCUCAUCAACUGAGGAGGAGGAGGUGGGUUUUGUUUGAUUUUGUGUUUUCUUUUCUGGGUUUUCAAUUUCGUGAUCUGGGUUUUUGGAAAUUCGGGAUCUUUUGAAUUGGGAGUAAGCGAGAGAGAUGGAGGAGGGGUUAUUGUGCCAGUGGACUGUGUUCAGAUCUCUUCUUGCGAUUCUUCAAUGGUGGAGUUUCAAUGUCACCGUGAUUAUCAUCAACAAAUGGAUCUUUCAGAAAUUGGAUUUCAAGUUUCCCUUAUCAGUAUCAUGUGUUCACUUUAUAUGCUCAUCAAUUGGAGCAUAUAUUGUCAUCAAAGUGCUGAAGCUUAAACCUCUGAUAGUGGUUGAAGCUGAAGAUCGCUGGAAAAGGAUAUUUCCAAUGUCUUUUGUGUUCUGUAUCAAUAUAGUAUUGGGGAAUGUAAGCCUACGCUACAUUCCUGUUUCUUUUAUGCAGACAAUAAAGUCAUUUACCCCUGCAACCACAGUUGUUUUGCAGUGGCUGGUUUGGAGAAAAUACUUUGACUGGCGAAUUUGGGCCUCCUUGGUACCUAUUGUUGGAGGAAUACUGCUCACCUCUAUUACAGAACUGAGUUUUAAUAUGAUGGGAUUUUGUGCUGCCUUAUUUGGUUGUUUAGCUACUUCCACAAAGACCAUCCUCGCUGAAUCUCUACUGCAUGGAUACAAGUUUGACAGUAUAAACACAGUCUACUACAUGGCACCUUUUGCAACCAUGAUCUUGGGAGUGCCAGCAGUGUUACUAGAAGGUAAUGGGAUUUUGGACUGGCUUCAUACCCACCCCAAUCCCUGGUCAGCCCUCAUUAUUAUUUUCAGCUCUGGAGUGCUGGCUUUUUGCCUUAACUUCUCCAUUUUUUACGUAAUCCACUCCACAACUGCUGUCACAUUUAAUGUUGCUGGAAACCUCAAGGUAGCCGUAGCAGUGUUGGUUUCAUGGCUGAUAUUCCGGAAUCCAAUUUCAGCUUCAAAUGCCAUUGGCUGUGGUAUUACACUGCUUGGAUGCACAUUCUAUGGAUACGUUAGGCACAUGCUUUCUCAACAAGCACCAGGAACUCCUCGAACACCCAGGACACCAAGAGGUCGAAUGGAACUGCUUCCCCUUGUAAAUAAUGAGAAAUUAGAUGACAAGGUCUAGUUUGCAUUGCAUUCAUCAGAUUCUCUUGGUUGGAAGAGGAGAUCAUGCACAGAGAGAAAAGGGAAAAUCAAGACACUAUACUCGACGGAUUGCCUUGUCACGAGGAACCUCCAUGAGAUUACCAGUUUAGAAUUUUGUUAAAUAUAAUUUCUUUUCUUGUUUAUAAAUGGAACAAAAGGUACUAGGGUUCUUACAUUUAACAGCACUUGCCUUUAUAAAACUCUCGGAAGGAUCCAUUGCAGUUGCAGCUUUGUCCUGAGUAAUCCCCGGAUCUGUACUUUCCUUAACGAGUGUUCAUACACACUAUGAUUCUUAAUGUUAUCUGUUCCUGGGAUUACUGCUUGUGAUUUCUUACAACAGAUGCAAAUUUGCAGGGCAGAAAGCAUGUAAAGAAGUUUUAUAUAUUCAUGUUGAAAGUUUUACAAUAGAAGGUUAAUAAUCUC